AUCGACGGGUUCUCGAGACGGAAAUGCUACGUAUAGUAAAUGUAAGGUGGCCAACUUGGAAGGGAAACCGCCAGUGACUGUAAAUAAUAGGAAAAUUGCAAUAGAUUUUAACGAUAAGAAACGACAGUUCUUAAUUUAACGAGUAAUAAUCAAAGACUGAUUUUUAUGAUUGUGGAUUCACGGUACAUUUCGUUGCAGUGAAGACUUUUGUAGUCUCAUUGGUUUCUUUUUAAAAUAAAAUCAAAAUAAAUUGUUCCUGUGGUAUCACAAUGUGGAUAAUAUACCAUGGGAUUACAGUGCUAUUGUGGAUUAAAAUCGACACAAGCUUUGCCGAAGUGUUUGAUUCACAUUUACGCGGUCCUGGAUUUGUAAUGGAACCGCCUCCACGAUUAGAAUUUUCAAAUUCAUCGGGUGGCUGGUUGGAUUGUUCGGCAUCGGGUAGUCCACAACCAACCAUAGAUUGGUUGUCUGUGGAUGGAACAUCGGUUGGCGAUGUAAGUGGCAUACGGAGAGUGUUGAGAAAUGGUACAUUGGUUUUGCUACCAUUCGCGGCAGCCGCGUAUCGUCAAGAUAUACAUAACACAAUUUAUCGGUGUGUUGCAUCGAAUACAGUGGGACGAGUUAUAUCCAGAGAUGUGCAGGUCCGAGCCGUUGUUGCGCAGGCAUACAAAGUUGAUAUUGAAGUAUUGGCAGCCCCCAGAGGAUGCACUGCAAUUAUGCGAUGUGUUGUUCCGACUUUUGUCAAAGAACUGGUACGAGUGGUGUCAUGGGUUCAAGAGCCCGCAUUCUACAUUUAUCCAUCACUUCAAGGAGAUGGAAAGUUUCAUCUUUUGCCAACUGGUGAACUUCUUAUUCAUAAUUUGGAGUAUAAUGACCGAUUCCCAUCCUACCGAUGUCGAACCAUGCACCGACUAACGAGGCAAGUUGUUGUGAGCUCUCCAGGAAAAGUUCGAAUGAAUGAUCAAAAAACUAUUAUUUCACCAAGCAUUGUGGAACACACCAGCCAUGUAUCUGUAGCACAGGAUGAAGGAGCGGUACUGUUAUGUGUAGCACAAGGAUGUGAUUCGCCAGAGUACAGAUGGUAUACGCACAACGGUAUAGAGCCACUGCCGGUACUCAGUGGUCCUAGAAUUCGUUUGCUAGGUCCAAUUCUAGCCAUUGAAGCUGUAACUGCUGAAGAUGGUGGCACAUAUAAAUGUUCAGCGUCAAACACUGGAGGAGAAGCCAGCGCAGAUCUACGACUAACAGUCGCAACGCCAUUACAAGUGGAUAUUCAACCAAAUUUUUUAAGUGUACACAUGGCGGCUUCUGCUGAAUUUCGAUGUGUUGUGACUAGUAAUGGAGCAGCAGUUGGAUUACAACACAUCACUUGGUUUAAAGAUGGACGACAGUUGCCUAGUUCUGGUCGUAUCGGAGAUACUUUAAUGAUAACUGGAGUGGGUCGUGAAGAUAAAGGAAUGUAUCAGUGUGUCGUGCGGAGAGAAGAAGGUGACACAUUCCAAGCAUCAGCCGAACUGCAGCUAGGAGAUGCUCCACCGAUUCUGCUAUACAGUUUCAUCGAACAAACUCUUCAACCCGGUCCAGCCGUUUCACUAAAAUGUUCUGCGGCCGGAAAUCCAACUCCGCAGUGGAAGUGGACUUUAGAUGGAUUUCCAUUGCCAACAAAUGGAAGAUUUAUGAUUGGACAAUAUGUUACCGUCCAUGGUGAUGUUAUUAGCCAUGUCAAUAUUAGCCAUGUCAUGGUAGAAGAUGGCGGCGAAUAUUCAUGUAUGUCCCAGAAUCGAGCUGGCAAAGUUUCACAUUCUGCACGUUUGAAUAUAUAUGGUCUCCCAUAUAUUCGGCUUAUACCCAAGGUAACUGCUGUGGCUGGGGAAACAUUACAUCUAAAAUGCCCGGUCGCUGGAUACCCAAUCGAAGAGAUACACUGGGAAAGAGGUGGUAGGGAGCUGCCAGACGAUAUCCGUCAAAAAGUGCAGAUCGAUGGUUCGCUGGUAAUAAAUCCUGUUCAGAAAACAGCUGAUUCCGGUGUUUAUACCUGUUGGGCAAGGAAUAAACAAGGACAUAGUGCGAGACGUAGUGGUGAAGUUACGGUUAUAGUUCCACCAAAGCUUAGCUCAUUCCAAUCAACAACGUUGCUGCUGAACGUAGGUGAUCGUGCAUCGUUAACGUGUUCAGUGGUAAAGGGCGAUUUACCAUUGACGAUAACUUGGCGUAAGGAUGGCCGUCCAAUUGAUCCGUCACAGCAUAUGUCGAUCAAACACGUGGAUCAAUAUAACAGUAUAUUGGUCAUCGAAAAUCUCGCAUCCCAUCACACCGGCAAUUAUUCGUGUUGUGUCAAGAAUUUGGCUGCUGAAGUGGAAAAUUCCCAGUCGUUGUUGGUUAAUGGUAACCAUUUUAAUUUUUCCUUGAACGGAAACAUCACGAAAAACUUGGUUUUUGUAGAAAAUUUUUUUUGGUUCCUGUCUCUCAUAUUUGUUUCUUCUUUCUAUUCUUGUAUUCCAGUUCCUCCAGCUAUUGAGCCUUUUUCCUUUUCCCAAGACGGACUGGCUGAGGGUAUGCGAACGCGUACCGUUUGUGGUGUUUCGCGGGGCGAUGCUCCCUUAGAAUUGCGUUGGCAAAAGGACGGCGAAUCAUUGCCUCUCUUGUUAGGGGUUAACAUAACUUCUUUAGACCAGUACUCGUCCCUCCUCAGUAUUCCUUCCCUAUCUGCUAGCCAUUCCGGCGAGUACACAUGCGUUGCCACCAAUCCAGCAGCUGAAGUAAAAUAUACAGCCUCAUUACAGGUCAAAGUACCACCACGAUGGAUUGUCGAGCCAACCGAUAUGAGUGUGGAACGAAAUCGGCACAUAACGUUACACUGUCAAGCUCAAGGUGUUCCGACACCAACUGUCGUUUGGAAAAAAGCAACAGGAAGCAAAUCCGGAGAUUAUGAAGAAGUGAGAGAACGACCGUAUACGAAAUUACUUUCAAAUGGGUCACUAUUGCUGCAACAUGUGAAGGAAGAUAGAGAGGGUUUUUAUUUGUGCCAAGCACACAAUGGCAUUGGAACGGGAAUUGGGAAGGUGAUUCAAUUGAAAGUUAAUUCUUCGCCAUACUUUUCGGCACCAUCAAGAAUGAUAACGGUAAAAAAGGGAGACACCGCCAAUUUGCAAUGUGAGGUGAAUGGGGAUAAGCCCAUAAGUGUAGUAUGGUUAAGAGCAGGAAAACAUGAAUUGAAUCCGUCUACGAAUUAUAGAGUCUCGGUAAAACAAGAAUCUACACCCGAGGGUAUAAUUGCUGACAUUCAAAUAACGAAUGUUGACAGUACGGACGGUGGUCCAUAUUUUUGCCAAGCAAGUAAUCUUUACGGCAGAGAUCAACAAUUAGUACAACUUCAAGUGCAAGAACCUCCGCAAUCACCAUCAGCGCUUGAAGCAGUUAUGAUAUCCAGUCGCUCAGUAAAUUUAAAAUGGCAACCAAGAGGAGGAGAUGCCGCUGAAGUGACCAAAUAUAUAGUCGAAUACAUGGAAAUAGAUAGACCCUGGCAUCAAAUUGAAUUAAAUCCUCCACAAUACACUUUGCUUGUGGAACCCUUAAAGCCGGCAACGAGGUACACUUUUCGUAUUAUUGCGGAGGGUCCAGCAGGACAGAGUGCUCCGAGCCAAGAAAUUGCCAUAAAAACUGAACCGCAGCGACCAGCAGGGCCUCCACUUAAUCUUAAUGCCCGUCCGAUAUCAUCGACGGAAAUUCUAGUUACAUGGCUCCCGCCUUUAGGUGAAUUAAGGCACGGAGAAAUUCAAGGUUAUAAUAUUGGCUAUAAAUCGUCGACGUCUAGUUCAUCGGCCUAUAAUUUUACUUCGGUAUCGGGAGAUGGUGAAGGCGGAACGGGAGAAUUAGUCUUAAGUGGUCUCGCGAAAUAUACUCGUUAUACACUAGUAGCUCAAGCAUUUAAUCAAAUUGGACCUGGUCCAUUAUCGGAAGCAGCUACAGCUCAAACAUUAGAAGAUGUUCCAAGUCGUGCACCGGAAGAUGUUCGCUGUGCGGCUUUAACGUCACAAUCUUUACAAAUAUCUUGGCAGCCUCCGCCAGAUCAUCACUCAAAUGGUCUAUUACAGGGCUACAAAUUGAAUUUCGAAUUAGUUAUCGAUUCGAUGAGUAGUGGCAGCGAAAUAGAAACAAGGAAAACAACUGCCCUGACAACGGUCCUAAGUGGAUUGAAACGAUAUUCGAAUUACAGCGUUCAAGUUCUUGCGUUCACACGAAUGGGCGAUGGCGUAAUGUCUAAUCCCACAUUUUGUCGCACGGAAGAAGAUGCACCAGAAACCCCAGCCGAUAUCAAAGUUGUAGUUAGCGGUCCUCAAUCACUAUACGUAUCUUGGUUACCUCCGACUGAACCUAAUGGCAUAAUUACCAAGUACAAUUUAUACACAAGAGUCGUAAAUGGCCGUGAGGAACUAAACCAUGAAAAACGAAAUCUUCCGUCGACACAAUUAUACUACGAAGCGAAAAGUCUUCAAGCGCACAUUGAAUACCAAUUCUGGGUAACAGCUUCGACGAGAGUAGGCGAAGGUAAAAGUUCUAGAGUCGCAACAGCGAUCACAUCGAAUCGACUGCCCGCAAAAAUUGUCUCGUUUGGCGGUUCCAUUAUAAGAGCAUGGAGAACUUCGGCAUCAUUAGCUUGUACAGCUGUUGGUAAGCCCCGUCGUGAGUGGUUUAAAGGUGAUGUUCCUUUACGACAAGGUGCUACUCACAACGUUCAAAUUCACGAUUCGGGAGAUCUGAUGUUGUCGAACCUUCAACUGAGUGAUACAGGGAAUUACAGUUGCACAGUUGACAACGGAGUGGGAACAGAUCGAUUGACAUACAAUCUUAUAGUUCAGGUUCCACCUGGGCCACCAUUUUUGUAUGUUACUAGUGCUACAUCCAGCAGCAUUUUAAUGCACUGGAAAGACAGUUCGAAUGGCAACGCUCCCAUUACUGAGUAUACAUUGCAUUAUCGGAAAACUCACGGGAAUCUUGAAGAAAAGCAAUUGUCUCGACAUGCAUCCAGUCAUGAACUGAAAUCGCUACUGUGCGGUAGCACGUAUCAAAUAUAUUUAACCGCAACGAAUAAGAUUGGAACAUCACCAGCCAGCACGAAUCUUCAUGUAAGAACGCAAGGACAACAGCCAGGCAUCCCUGGUGCGUCCGUUCUGCUAGCACCUAAUUCCACAUCAAUUGUACUGAGAUUACAUUCAUGGCCGGAUAAUGGAUGCCCAAUUUUAUAUUAUGUUUUGCAGUAUAGAGCAAUUUCGGAAGGACAGGAUAAUGAGUGGAUUUUAGUGUCAAAUGCGCUAAAGCCUCAACGAAGAUUCACAAUUUCUGGUCUGACACCCUCAACGUUAUACCAAUUAAAAAUGGAGGCGCACAACGUUGCGGGCACCUCAAACGCUGAUUAUUCUUUCGUUACUCUAACUAAAGAUGGCGAUCCACCACCACCUGAACUCAUUCAAAAGGGUCAACGAUCUCCUCUCUUUUAUGCGGAUGUGAAUUUCCUAAUUCCAGUUAUAGCUGCGGCCACAGGACUGAUCCUUACCCUGAUUUGCUCCAUUUUUUGUUACAAGCAUCGCCAAAGUAGUCGAUCGCACAAGGAAACAUUAGAAAAUCGACAAAAUAACGAAGCGGCACAACGAGAACGUUAUUACGCAACCAUUCACAAAGUUGCCUUACAAAAUUCAGACAAAAUUCCAGAAACUUCCGAAGAUAUUUCACCAUAUGCAACGUUCCAGCUAUCCGAAGCUAGUACGUUGGCGCAGCCUCAUCAUACAGGACCGGCCAACACGUUACUUCAUUCAUUUAUGUACCACGAACGGGCUUUGCAGGAAGGAUGUGCAUCUCCACCACCUGCGGUACUUAGACAACUGCAAAAAACGUCGCCCUACUAUAAUAUUACUUCGAAAAAUCGACGAAGACAUUCACGCAAAACGGAACCUGAAAGUGAGGAGUCAGACUCCGACCAAGAUCCGUUGACCAGCCGCACGGAGUCUUCCAAUCAGCUAGAUGCCAAAAUCAAACAUAGUAUAAUUUAUCACGGUAAUCAAUCGAGUACGUCAUCGGAUCUAUCGCCAAUGUCUGAACAGAAAUCACUGCCACGUCGUGGUCGAUCCAGGGGAACAAUGCGAGGUUUGCUGCCUCUACAAAUACCUGACAACACAGCGGGGGGUUUAUUCCAUCAAAUGCCAAUCGAAAGUGGUACGCCUGAUCGACCCGAAUUAUCGGAAGCUGAAUGUGAUAUUGAUACUUUAAAGAAAUUGAAAUUAGGAAUGAGAUCGACGUUAUGGUCUCGGCCGAGUGGAAGCGGUGGUAAUCAGCAACAUCAACAGCAGCCAACCGGGCAUCCAUCUGAUUAUUCGAUUGCAGUUUGAAUUGAUUUUUGAAAUUCAUAUUUUUUUUGGUUUUUACAUUAAAAUUUCUGCAAAGUAAGCAAAAAACCAAUGGACAAAAAAAUAUUUUCUUAUCAGACAUAAAAUUAGGACAACAAAAUUUAAUGAACAAAAAAAAAAUUUAUUUUCACUUUGGAAACAAAAUAAAAAAUGAACUUACGCACGGUGCCAAAACACAAUAGUAAUUUUUUCUGUUUGUAAAUUUACAAAAUUACCAGAAAUUUAACUUGAACUUAGAAAUGUUAAAGUAAUUAAUUGUGAAGUGAAGAAGAAAACUAUUUUUAAAUUUCUAAAGAAUUUAUAAUUAAUAAUAAUCAAAAGAAAUAAAUUUAACUACGGGAAUAAUUUAUAGGAAAAUUUUACAAUCAAAAAUACAGAAACGUUACGUAGAAUUUUUUCUUGGAAAAUAAGGAGGUUAUUGCUUCGGUUAAAAUUUGAAUAAAAGUCCAAAGCUUAAAGCUCUGAGACUAAAAAAAUUAUUUCUCAGUUGCCAAGCCUAAAACCUAAAUUUUACCAUUAAAACUUUUCAACUUUUUUUGGCUAUAAAAAAUUACUUGGAAAGUCAUUCAGAUUUGAAAGGUUUACAACAGUUCCAGCUAUAACCCUAGUCCGAUUGAUUGAUUGGUUUUUAUACACGCAAACGUAGCCGAAAAAAAUUCUCAAUUUAAUGACAAACACACUGCCGCCUUAAGUUUUUGGCGUCAAAGUCAAUUCUGUAAUGGGUGCCAAACAUAAAUAUUCAAGGUGACUCGAAAAACGUUUUUAUAGGCUCUGGUGCCAAGGGUAAUAAUUGUCCAUUUUAACCAUUUGGAAAAAAGACACUGAGAAAACGUGCCCCUGCCUAAUUUUGCAAGAGACAUAGUACAUAAAAAUCAUCACAAAUUGUUUGGCAACUAACAAAAUAAAGUUCGUCUUGCGUGUAUUGUCCGAGUUUAACCCUAGAGUUUGUGACGCAGACUAAAAUAAUAAAAUUAAUUACAUCUGCUACUUCAUGAUAUUUAGCGCAUCGCCCACUGUUUGACACAAAAUCUUUUACUUCAUUAGUUUCCACAUACUUUGGCUAUAUUAUCUUGUCAAAGAUGGUCGUUAUAUGGUUUUUGGUGUCAUUGUCGAUAGCAGAUCACAUAAAUAUGUGAUUGUUAGAAAAAAAUUGUUUAAGAAUUGGUUUACUAUUCUUAAUCGUUUAAAAUCCGUUAAUUUUGAACAAAUUGAAAGUUGUCGCAUAAUUACGUGCUGCCUCCUUCGUGCAAGCAUUUUAUUACGUUUGUUUGCAAGCAUAAAAGGACACAAUAAAUUUGAUUAGAAAAUUACAUUUAAAGGUUAAAUAAAUAAAUUUAAAAGAAACAUAAAACUCCUCGUUUGUAUAUUUUAUAUUAUGAAAACUAAUAGAAAAUUAAUAAAUUUUAUAAAUAAAAAGUAUUUGUAUAUUAUGAAGACUGAAUUUCUAUUAAAAACAAGAAGAAAAAAGUAAAAUAAAAUUUUAAUUCGUUAACUUUUAGGUAUAAAAUAAAGAAAGACAAACAAAAUAGUUAAAUAUUGUGAAUGAGAUUGAAGCAAACUGAAAAAAAAAACAAUGUAGCAAAACAUAAACCAAAUAAAAACUCAACUAAGAAAACAGUCACUUUUUAUCUGCCAAUAGUUAUACUUUGAACAAUAAUGUUAAGGAUGAUAAUUCUGAUCAAUUUUUUCAAAUUAAACAUUUUUUAGUACAAUUUUUCAUUACAGCAACAGUAACAGAGGAAAAAAAGAAAAAAAAAAAAAGAAAACGUUUAGCAUUAAAUAAUAACAAAAUAAGCCCAAAAAAAACUUAGUCAAACAAAAUUAGUAAAUAUGUAAAGAAAAUUAUAAAUGAUUCAGUUUCAUUACUGAGAUACUGAGAAACUGUGUAAAAUUCUAUCCACAUCGAACAGUACGAAUUUAUAAUUAAUAACAAAAAUGAACUUACACUCAAAUAUUAAUCAUGAAAUAGAGACAAAAAAUCUUCUCAUUUUUUUGUUUUACAAUGGGAAUCAGUUAUUAUCCUAAACCGAAAAACAAACAAUUCCAGUUUCAAGCCCGCCAGAUUUUGUUUAAUAUAAAAAGUUUUCAUUUUCUUUAUCACUGAAAUACUUUCGAAAUUUUUUUAUUUUUCGAUUAAAAUAAGUAAUGGGGUGGAGGGUUUGACUCAUUUAGUUUCCAAAAUAAAAUUUGGCCUACAACGUGCUGUAUGUAACUAUCGAGUAUAGAUCAUCUUCAAGUUACGAUACUUUCAGACGUAGUCUCACUUAAGUUUCGCUAAAUAUUUCGUUCAUUCAUUCAUUUAUAUGAGGGUUUUUAACGUUUUUAACGAUUUUUUAACGUGGAUGGCAUUUCAAACGUCCUUGAAGUUGAUCUAUGCUAUUUCUACUAAUUAAUUUACAGAUUUUCGACUGGUUAAAGAAGUCUGUUACGUCCUUACUUUUGACAUGCAUUUUGCCAUUGAAGACCUCAAUUGUCUGUACUCAUGGAGUUACAAGUGUCUACAUCCUGUCUAAGUGAUUUGAAUCAAUUCCCGAUAAUUUACAAAAGCAUCAGAAGAUUUCUUUUCAACAUAGUUGGCUGCUGUUUUUUUAUCCUUACAGAUAUAAACUAUUGAAAACGUAUAUGCAAAAACUAUAAAAAUUUGAACUUUUCCCUUGAAUACGUGAUCUUCAUAACACUUGAUAUUGACUUUCUCGUCAAAAACUUGAAAGUACAUAGGUGCUGUCUUAUCAGGGAGAUCUCCUAUUCAAUGGUCAAUACAACGGUUUAAAGUAAACAGUUUACCAACGAUCAUGACAAUUUUUCCACUUAAUAUCUAAUUGUUGCCUGUUACAAAAACAAAAAAUUAUACGCGGAAUGAAACACUCCACCCUUUUGUCUUCAACGUAUAUUGUGCUAUCAACCGAUUAAAUAAUUUUCAUUUUUUACCAGAACAAAUUGCAUGCUUUCCAUCAAAAUCAAAUAAUAGAACUCAAUAGCUAGUAUAACUUCUUAAGAUAAAAAUUCAAAAAAAA